UUCGUCGAUGCAUUUACUGUGCAAUUUUGUGUAGUUUUUUGACAUGUGCGGAGCAUUUCUCGAAGCAUUACAAUUGCCGACGCGUUUAGUUUAGAGAAAACAUAAACAUUCAUGCGAAAAAUCAUGAAACUAGUAUGAGCAUAGGAAAGUGUUCCGGUGUACGAGUUGGCAAGCGUCAUUCGAGCUAGUACUAUUUGAUCCGUACGCACAGUUUGCUGGGGGACGUUUUGUUUCUUGACACACACAGAGCAGCACCUAGUGGAACGAACACCCGUCAUGGAACCGGACCGGAUGCUGGCCGCCGACAUGGGGCCCUCCUCCGGGGCGGUGCUGGUCGUCGAGGAGGAAGGUGACGAAGCGGUCGAAAUACCGCUCGAGGACGACGGUACGCUGCUGCUGUCGACACUGCAGGCCCAGUUCUAUGGUGCGUGCGGGCUGAAAUAUCGCAAUCCGGAGACGAAGGCGAUCCGCGGCGUGCGGCUCAGUGACAACAAGCUGCACCCAUUUUCACCGGAUUUUGGCUGGGGAAAUUUUGUGUACAUCUGCGUGUUCCCCAAGGAGAACAAGCGUAAGAGCGACGACAAGCUGGAAAACUCUACUCCCAAGACGAAGCGCAUCGAGAGCCGCAACCGCACGACGACGGAUCUGAUCGUGCUGGGACUGCCGUGGAAAACGUCCGAGGAGGGACUGCGUGAGUACUUCGAGACGUUCGGUGAGCUGCUGGUGGUGCAGAUCAAGAAGGACGCCAAAACGGGCCAAUCGAAGGGCUACGGGUUUAUCCGCUUCGCACGGUUCGAGUGCCAGAUGAAGGCACUCUCCAAGCGGCACCUGAUCGAUAGCCGCUGGUGUGACGUGAAGGUACCGAGCAGCAAGGACCAGAUGCAGCACCAGAUGCCGAGCAAGAUCUUUCUGGGGCGCGUAACCGAAAACAUCGGCGCAGAGGACAUCCGGGACUACUUCAGCAAGUACGGCGAGGUGACGGACGUGUUCAUACCGAAGCCGUUCCGGGCGUUCGCGUUCGUCACGUUCAUCGACCCGCACGUGGCGCAGAGUUUGUGCGGGGAGGACCAUCUGAUCAAGGGCACGUCGGUGUACGUGUCGACGGCCUCGCCCCGGCCGGAGCACGGAAGGCACCACAGUAAGGCGCAGCAAAUGAGUGGCAACUUCGCAAACUACGAUGGCCGUGGCCGGGGUGCCGGCGGCGGAGGUGUUGGUAACGGGAAUGGUCCCGUUGGUGGAGCCAACGAGUAUUGCGGUGGUGGACCACCAGUUGGACCGCAUUCGAAUGCCGGCUAUCAUCACGGCGGGGGCGGUGGGGGUGGACCCAGUGGCUACAAUAUGCCCACGGGAGCCGGUGGAAACCAGCAGCCGAUCUGGAACUACAACGAGUACACCGCCCAGAACCGUCAGAACAGCAAUAGCAUUGAUUCGAUGCCGAAUCUGCAAGCACUCGGACUCAACUCGAAUGGCCCGAAUGGCCCGAACGGUGGCGGCGGAGGAAGCAUGCACGGCGGUGCCGGCCAUCAUGCGGGGAUGGGAAAUCAUCUCAGUGGCAGCGGGGCCGCGGCAGCAGCAGCAGCAGCGGCAGCCGCCGCCGGAUCGGGUAAUAAUGGGGCGGGCGUCAUCGGAGGAGCGCACGGUGGACCAGGGGCAGGCAACAUGAACCUCAACCAGAUGCCCAUCAAUCCGGCCAUCAUAGCGGCCGCUUUGAGCCAGUGGAGUCUUAUCGGCAAUCAGAUGCACAAUGCCGUCCCGGGCGGUCCAGGUGGUCCCGGUGGUCCCGGUGUACCCGGAGGGCCAGGACAGGCCAAUCCGGGUGUUCCCGGGGGACCGAACGGCGGUCCGCCCGGUGGUCCCGGUGGAGCGCCCAGUGGAGGGCCAGGACCGGGGGGUGCCGGGCCGACUGGUCAGGAGUAUCUGGCUUGGAAUGGGACUGGCAAUGGAGCGCCUGGAGCUGGCGGACCUGGAGCAGGACGAGGUGUUGAACCGAAUCGACAGUAAAAGAGAUUAAUGAUGCUCCAAUAAGGAGCAAGAAGAUUGACCCUCCACCCCUUCACCAAAGACAGAUUGAGGAACGCCACCUCCAGGCCGAACGGGAAGCGGUGGCGACACACGAACUAUCUUAAUCUGCCACAAGGACUCCUUGUAAACUCUACGAAGAUCCUUCUAUCUUUUUUUUUUUGAUCUUCAAAAAGUGGUUUGUCAGUGGAGGAGGGGGUGGAGACGAUGUGGAAAGCGAGGAACAGGGAGAGAACCGAGUUAGAUGGUUUGCUUGUGACACAAUAACAAUUUCUAUUUUGUUAUUAUUUUAUUUUGUAAAUUAAUAUAAAGCAGACUUCGGUUCUCAACGCUCUCCCUCCUCCCGCGUGCUCGUUUUGUGUUUUUGCGUGUGUGUGUGUGUGUGUGUGUUAGUGUGCGUGUGCGAGUGUGUAUGUGUGUGCGCGUGUGUGCCUGCGACGGAACAGUUGGAACGCGAGGUCCUUUGGCGAGAAACUAAAUUCGAAACAAAUCGGUUCCAGCUGGAAAGCUGUAGGGGUUUUAGGUUCAACUCCCGCGUCGCCAGCGCCGCCGCCGGAAAGUAGUAGGGAAGUGGUCGGACCGGACGACUACAGCAGGACUAGGUACGGUUGCGUAAAUUUACAAUGGAUAAAGAAUGCGUACGAAAGUGUGGAACAGCGGAUAUUGUAACGCUAAUAAAUAUAAGUAAUAAUAAUUA